CACCACCGCCACUUCUUCUCUCCCUUCGUCAUUCCGCCACCCUCUCUCGUCCUGCCUCUCCCACUCUAGUUCAAUCUCACUCUCUCGCUGCGUAGCUCUGCAAAAACAAGCGUACGGCUAUCCCAGUAGUACCCCGAUAUACAAAGCCGACAGAGCGUCACAUUGGGCGCUCCGCGUGCCUAGGGGUAACCGCGUGGACCCUACGUGAUCUCUCUUGUCUCGCCGUAAACGAUCAGCGUCACACGCGAUGAACGCCGCGCGUCACGUGCUACUUGCGCGUGACAUUUGGCACGUAAGGAUGUAAUCCUCGAUAACGACCUCGAUCCUAUGACAUUCUCGCGCCGAUGAAAAACCAUUGUUCCGGUCCGUUCGUUGUGAACACUCCUGCGUUCUCUUCAACAACAAAUCUGUCGAUAAGACAUUUGUUAUCAAAUUGUGGCGAGAUCUCGAAAUACACACGCGGAAAAUUGUAAUUUAAUGUAGCGCAGAUUCAACGAUUGUGAUUUGUCCAACAAUACUAUCGUCCGGAUAUUCAAGGCUCGAUCUUUUCGACCACCGAUAGAUUUCGAGACAUCGAAGGUGCCAUUGAGUGUUCUCGACGAUUUAGUCGUGAGUUAUUGGGAAAUUGGCGAGGAGCAACGAGAAAAUUGCGCGCGUGUAUAAAGGUGACGAUAAUCGCGCAAAGAUGAGGAUGUCGAGAUCAAAUUGGCCGAGGAAAAUUGGCAGCGCGCAAUGAUCCCUCAUGCGUAAUCGCAGAUCUCGCUCUUCUCAAGGAUUCCACCACAAAGAUUACGACAGCAUGAAGACGGAAAUUCAUCGAAAAAUUUGAUGCUUAUACGCUUAUAGUUGAAACUUGUCCCGUUGUACUUGACAUCAUCGGUGAUGGUCGUUUCAGAAUAACGGGAUCUCAUCAAAGCGUUUUAUGAUUGAGACUGUUUUUCUUGGUGUAAAUCUCUCUUUGUCUGUUUGUCUCUUUCUUUCUUUCUAUUCAUUUUCUAUCACAUGUCUUUUUCCUACGAAACUUGCUCAGAUUUCUUCGUAAGAAAUUACACGAAACUCGAGGAAUCAUUAGAGUGUUAUCAUCAUUGGUCGAUGUCGACCAAACUUUAUCCGGCUGUCGAUAAUUCGUAGGCAUUGUCCGAUCAUAGUUUAGUAUCUCGUCGUCAGUCGCGCCUUUAAUAACCGCAUCGUGUGUAAUGAUUGAUUGUUUCCAGUUUUCGAGAGAAAGAGAAAGAAAGGAUGAGUUUUUGUAAUACAACGUGCACGAGAGUUGGCAAUCAGAAAUGAACAUUCCUUUGAUCGUCGUUCUUUUAUCGAGCCGAUCAUUGUAUUAUUGAGCAGAUUAGGUGCUUGAAAAAAAAUCAAUGUAUAUUAUUAUUACGCGGCACGAAAAUUUCUGCUAAACGUCAUAAUCAAGGCAAACUGAUUCUGAAAGAGAAGUUAACUCGCCCAUCGACAUUUUCAUAGACAUUUUCUCGACCUUUUACGUGCGGAUAUGUAGGAUGGUCCUCGUCAUUUGGCGCGUUUGCAAAGGUGAAUUGGCGCAGAGCGUGUGAUACGGACAAUACAGAUUAUUUCGAGCACGAGGAUCGGAUGCUGCGAACGGCUGGCAGAAUUUACAGCACAUUCGGAUGGAGGAAGAUUCUGACCGCUCGCAUUAGUGGAUUCUCUCGCUCGUACCGGAUCUCAUACACUGCGUACUAAACUGCACGAUUCCUAAGAGACGUUCCAAGCCUGCUGCAGUAAUGGAGGCCCAGCCGUUUCCCAACUUUCUUAUUCAAGAUGUUUUGAGAGUAAUUUAACUUGGACUUGGGUCGAAGAGUGCCAGUUGCAGCGUGCCGGAAGGAAGGGGUGGACGACGUCGUCGGGGGGAGAGUUGCGGGAUAAAACGCGCGAAAGGAGAGAGUGUGACUACCCCGUGAUGCGAGAUCUCGGCGGGGCAAAGUUCACGUGCCAUUCGUCGCAAACGAAUUAAACGAUCUUUCUCUCGGAAAAUUGCCCUCAUCCCUGGGGCCAGACACAUCCGACCGGUUGGCCCGGCUGGCCCGGCUGCCUUGUCCGAUACCGACGACCAAGGUCGCCGUACGGUUAUGCUAGUGGCGUCGCUCCAGGUGGCCGCCAGCAAAUGCUGUCAUGCCGCUGCCAUGCCAGCCGGCGGCCCGCAUCUGGCCGCUGGUCGCAACUCAGUGGACUCAGAUCAGACUACGGAGCCGCUACUAUCCUCGCGUAGGACUCGCCCUGCUGCUCGUCCUGUUGAUCCUGACCGGUGGCGGUCGCGCGGCUUCCUCUCAACCUGUGACUCGCUACGCCUCGCGCAUCGUCGAGACGAAGAGCGGACAGAUACGUGGAAUACUUCAGGAAUUGAACAGCCGGCACUUGGACCCCGUAGAAGUGUUUCGCGGCAUACCUUACGCCGCGCCUCCGGAGAGAGAAUUAAGAUUCCGUGCUCCACUACCGCCGAUACCUUGGAACGGUGUCAAGCUGGCGGACACUUUUGGCGCGGUGUGUCCGCAAAAUUAUCCGGAUCUCACCAAUGACACCGCCGCGCUCCUGCAAAUGCCAUAUGGAAGAUAUCAACAGCUGAAAAAGAUGAUCGUAUUCUUGACCAAUCAGAGCGAGGAUUGCCUCUUCCUCAACCUGUAUAUACCCGGAAGCGGAUCUCGAGGACUGGAGGCACCGUAUGCGGUGAUGGUUUACGUACACGGUGAGAGUUUCGAAUGGGGAUCGGGUAAUAUGUACGACGGAUCGGUCCUGGCGAGCGCCGGCCACGUCAUAGUGAUCACACUCAAUUAUCGUCUCGGCAUCUUAGGAUUCUUGAGAAGUCGUCCCUUCACUAACAGAACGAGCGGAUCUGGUGGGAAUUUGGCUUUAAAGGACAUCACGAUGGGACUACGCUGGGUGCGUGAGAACAUCGGCGCUUUCGGCGGCGAUCCAACGCGAAUAACUCUAAUGGGUCAUGACACUGGAGCGGCGUUAGUGAAUCUGUUAUUGCUCGCUCCUUACAGCAAAGGAUUAUUUCACCGUGUCGUGAUGUCCAGCGGCUCGGCUCUAAGUCCCUGGGCCUCGGUACACGAUCCGAAUGAUCUCAGGAUAAAGAUUGGCGAACAGAUGGGCUGCUCGACUAAGGAGAACGAUGACAUAGCCGAUUGCUUACGGGGAGUACCAUUGAAGACUCUUAUGGACAUGCAACUUCCCGAAAUCAGAUUCGUACCUCGCAUCGGGCCGGUUCUGCCCGUGGACCAAAACAAUCCCGAUCCAGGUCUAGAUAUGGAGCGUGCGAGCGACGCAUUUAUCAAAGUGCCGCUGAUCCUAGGCGUCUCUACGACCGAGUCCAACCUCGAUUUCAAUGCCAAUGACAUCCAGUACGGCUUCGAAGAGGAUCACCGUAAUCGCAUUCUGCGGACCUUCAUCCGCAAUGCCUACGUCUACCAUCUGAACGAGAUCUUUUCGGCGGUAAGGAACGAGUACACGGAUUGGGAUAAGCCGGUGCUGCAUCCCAUCAUAAUACGGGACUCGACUAUGGAGGCACUGAGUGACGGUCAUACGGUCGCGCCGCUCAUGAGGAUCGCCUUCUAUCAUGCCAGACGAGGCGCCAAGACGUAUUUUUAUCACUUCAAUCAUCAGUCCAAGGACAACGGCUACGUGCAGCGUCUGGGGAGCGUUCGUGGGGAGGACAUACCGUACAUUUUCGGGCUACCGCUGGUGGCAGGCGGGGCCUUCUUCCCGCGAAAUUAUUCCCGACAAGACCAGGGCGUUGCGGAGGCUGUCCUCACCUUCUUCACCAAUUUCGCCAAGACCGGUAACCCGAAUGAGCCGCACAAAAUCGAGUCGGUCGAUUAUGGCACGCCGAAGGAGAAGACGCGAUUCCGCGGUCUCACUUGGGAACAAUACGAGACAGGCUCUCAGCAAUAUCUCACGAUAGCAUUAAAGCCAAAAAUGAAGAGCCAUUAUCGCGGCCAUAAAAUGGCCAUGUGGCUCAACUUGAUACCGCAACUUCAUCGUCCUGGUGAUGAUGACGUUUCCAUGCGGCAUCAUCACUUUAGAGAACGCGGCGAUCAUUAUUACGCAGGAGCGGUUCGGAAUGAGUGGUAUACACCGCUGCCGUUGACAGGCACAACGCGGACGAGCGCUUCCUCGACUACUGCCUGCAGCACGUCCACCGACUUUGAGGACAGUCUCGUCAUCGAGGACAUCAAGACGAUCCUAGACAACUCUGAGGACGAUGCCGAGCUAUUGCAGAGACUGGCAUCUCGUCAUUAUUAUAGCACCACUACUGCCCUAGCGAUCACCGUGGGUGUCGGCUGCAUUCUUCUCGUGUUAAACAUGCUAAUCUUUGCCGGAAUCUACUAUCAGCGUGAUCGCGACAAGAAACGCGCCGCCAUGGACUGUAGACCAAACGGACAAGAGUCCUUACCGAUGACCACAAGAACGUCCAUAAAGCCUUCUGAGAGUUCGCGGCCCGCUCAAGAGCCGCCACCCUCGUAUACUACCCUCGCGAGAAGUCCCUCCAUCCAGGAACAGCAGCAACAGUUGCAACAGCUCGCGCAGUCUCAGGGCAGCCCGGAGCAGUCGAACAGAAAGGAGCCGAGAGGAUCCGGUCAUGGGACCAGCAAAGACUCUAUUCCGCCAAAACCGCCCGCCAGGACCACCAGCUCACUUAGCACCACUGCCGGUAAUACUAACACUAUCAAGAAACGCGUGCAGAUACAAGAGAUAUCCGUAUAGCAUUAGGGGUUGCCCCUCGAGGGCAACGCGCGAACGAAACGAGUGACAUUUGUAGACGCGGAGACCACCGCAGCAGAGUCCAGAUUUUGAACGAUGUUUUCUCAUUUUAAUAGCGAAGGUGAACGGAUGACUUGGCCUGACUUGGUGAAAGAAAUGUCUCAUUUAUCACGAUUACGCGAGUGCAAUUCGCGAAUCAGCGAAAGAACUUUUAUGGAAUGAAAUCUUUUGCAAUAUUACGUGUGAAUCUUGAUUUCUUUACUUAACAUAUGAUUGGAAUUAUGUGUCUGACUGUAAUGGAUAUUAUUAUUGAAAAUUGUCGAUAUUAUUACCGACUUUUAUUACUUGCAGUGCAGUGCGCGACAUGGCUGACUAUAACGCGAUAGCACUACUGGACUAUUAUCAUUAAAGUGCGACUGACACUGUCUACUACCUUACAAGACAUUAGUACUGAUGUUGUUUCUAUUAGAGGAAACGUAAGAUUGUACUGAUGCUUGUUAUGACUGAUACAAGACAUGGAUUAUAAUUAUGUAGUUGCUAUCUAUAAGCAGACGGCGUUCUCUCUAUUACCCGAGAAAAAAAAUCCAUGUUAUAAUCAAAUAUAAACAUAUUUAUUUUUUUUUUCUUAUUAUUUAUUACAAUUUUUUUUUAAUUAUUUUUCAAAAUUCACUUUUUCUGAAAAGAAUAAUGUGAAAAUUAUUCUUUAAAUUAUUUUUCCCGUAUAUACGGACAGAGAUUACAUAAGAAAAAGAAAACAUAUAUAUAUAUAUAUAUAUAUAUAUAAUUAGAUAUUUGAUUAUAUAAGGAUUUUUUUCUGGGUUGCUGUCUUGUUUUAGAAAAAUAUUGAACGAUUUCUAAAAUAAACAUCAUAAUUCGUGUAGCCAUAUUAAGUAUAUAUACUUGAAACGCUCAAAAAAAUAUCCUUCGAGGAAUUUUUGUUGUAACUGAAGAUGAUAUACACUCACUAGCCAUUCAAUUCGGAAUAUAAAAAAGUUCUAAUUCUCUUUUAAAGAUCGCGGAAAAUUUAGGUGGCCUUAAAUAUAUCAUUACCGUACGUAAAGGGCAACGUAUCGAUAUCUUCGAUAUCACAAAGAACGCUUGGAUUUGUAACGGACGAGACGCUAUAAUUGAAUUUUAUAGCGCACAGAGAUUCGAGAAUAUCUCUGCUAAAAAGCAAUUACGCGUAUAAGAAUACUGGUGCAUAGAUCGGUGCACAUUCAUUUCCGUGACUUCGAGUCUCGCUCUCGAAACGAUCGGAAUACCAAAGUCACGUACACGAUUCGCGUACCAUCGCAUACCUCCUCAUCUCGACUGCUUUGUGAAGCAUCGAUUGGAAGGAAGAGACACUCGAUUCCAAACGGAUCAAACGGAUCGGACGCUCAUCCCUUAUCCGAUAUAUACACGAGCAAGACGAAAAUUCGACCCCUAUAUAUAUAUAUAUAUAUAUAUAUAUAACUACAAGUAUCAUUCUUGUAUUACUCGCUUGCAUAAGAUUGCAACAGCGCCAGUUGCACCUUUUGACCAAAGGCCAAAGAGAAAUAGAUUUCCUAUUAAAUAUCGCGAAAAUUACUCGAGCAAAAGACACGCAAUUCUCUAGCUGAGAAAUCACCGAAUAUGGAAGCUGUAGAACGAUUUUCAAAUGACCGGAAUAGCAUGAUUUUCAAAUGGCCAGAUUCGAUCAUCUGCUGAGUGUUCUUCUGAUAGAGUGAAUAACAAUCGCGAUUAUUGAAAUUGCGACUAAAGAAUUUCUGAUAUCAAUAAAAAUAUAUAGACGCUCGUGAAACAUAGUUUUCUUUCUUACGUUUUUUGCACGCGAACCUCCAGAAUCUAUCUGACAAUUAUAGAAAAUUGUAUACAAAUUAAAUUAACAAGUAUUGUUGAAAUAUUAAUAUCAAAAUAAAUUGAGAUAUUAAUAGGUUCAUAUUAUUUAAAAUUUGAAAUUAUUUCUGAAACUUUAAAAUCAUUGAUUUAAUUAUAUUAUAUACAGUUAUAUAAUUGUUUUAUAUCUUAAUUCUUAACUAAAAGUCUUUCAUGAAUUGCUUGCAAAAUUUUUUAUUUUAAGAAAAAGUUAAAAUUGUUGAAAAAUUUUUUAUUUAAUUUUAAAUUGAAAUUGUUUAUAAAGGUAGAGAUAUACAAAUAUGUUGAUACGAAAGCUUCUGUUGAUAAACAAUAUUAAUAAGUCCUUUGUAUGCGGCCUUUCCGAAUCGAGAUUAUUGCUGAGAUAAAAUAUGCUCAAAAAUGUAAUAAUGAAACCAAAAAAAAAGUAAUUUCUCUUAAAGUAAAGUUAAAAUUAUCAAAGAUUGUAUAGAACUCUCCCCCUUCCACGACCAAGUAUCCUAAAGGACGUGAUCGCACUCGUGUUUGCAGAGAUACAUUUUGUUCUUUGUAAAGAGUCUUUAAUCUCGAAUUAAUAUUCAUGACCUGAUUCUGACGGUACACAUCGUCAGACUUUAGAGAUGUUAAGUUUUGAGAGUCACCUUUAUCAUUUUGUGCGCAUCUGAAAUGAUUUGCGCGGAAAAAUAAAAUGUUUUCAGGAUAUAUCAUGCGACGGAUGUUAAUAUAAUAUUAUAAUAGAGUAUGAGAAAAAUUCGGUCCAAAUGCAAAAAAUAAAAAAUAUUACAGACGCAAUCAUUGAUAAAUUUUUACUCGCAUAAAAAUUUCUAAAUGACAAGUUUGUAUCUCAUUUAUAUUUUAAUUAUGGAAACUAUGGUAAAAUCAUGACCUUGAAAUUCAUUUAUAUAAUGAUAACGCUUUAUGAGAACUGAAUUUUCUAACGCAAUUCAAAUGUUAUAUAUCCUGUAUGGAAAAGACUCACAAUCUUUUCCAUUUUAGAAUGUCCCGAGUUUCAAGAUCGUUAAAAAUCAAGAGACUGUCUAAAGUAAUAAGAAUCAUUUAAUCGAUCACGACUUUCUCGGCAUAAAAUUAUACAUAUGUAUCGAUACAAUUAAGAGAACAUAAAUUUGUAAUUAAGAGUACCAUGUAGUGUAAUAUGCACACAGACUUGGUGUCGCGUAAAAUCGAUCGUAUUGUCGAUUACACAAUAAUUUUAAGUACGUAUGUACGUUAUUAUGUGUAAUUUUUCAAAGUAAUUAUUCGCGAAUGGUCUGAUAUUUGACAACACGUUGUGAUACUUGUGUUAUGAUAGUAUCGACAUAUAAAACGGCAGUGAAAUUUAAAUGCGUGUUAUAGUUUAGAAAAUCAAUUUGUAAAUUUCACUGUACAACAAUAAAUGCCAAUUUAUAAAGAUA